UGCACCGCCAGCAUAAACCAAAGUAAUGAAUUUGACCUACUUUUAAUUAUUGUUCUAAUCGUUGCUUAGAAAGUUCAAUUAGUUAAAAUUAACUGCGCUUAAUUAACUAUGAAAAGGCUUGCGUUUUAUAUGUACUUUUACUUGGCGCUGUCUAUAGCAGUUUUAGCUGCUGUAGAAAUUAAUGUUAAAAAUAAAAAUUUGGCAAAUGAUACAGAGGAAGGAGAUGUAAAAUCUGAAGAAGUAAGUGAAGAAAUCCGUCCAGAAGACACCCCUUGCACUUGCGGGGUGUUCCUAAGUAGCCAGUUUAAAAAGGGUUCGAAGGAGCAGCCCAAGGGAGAACCAGUUUUAGUCCAAGAAAUCGAAACGCCUUUUAUGAAUAAUGCUAUUGGGAAUAAGCAGUGCACUCAUAAAUGUCUGGAGGAGAUAAUCAAGCAUUUGCCAAAAAGUGGAGAUAUCAUCUGCGCAACCGUCGACAAAGAGGAAGUAAACAGAGAAAAGGCGUUCCUAUUCGUCAAGAACCACAGCGAUAAGUGGCAUGCGACUUUUUUUUCUGCUGGAAGGGAAUUCUGCUGCAAAGAUAACUUACCUUAUAAAUGCCCUAAAAAAAAUUCACUUUUGUAAACGCUGUUAUGAUGUCCUAACAUACUACUAAAUGAAGGUCUUUCUUUGCUCA